UGUGUGAUUCUGGCACAAUCACUCACUAUUAGAUCAACAAUGACACAGAGCUGAAGACGCUGCACGCACAAACACCGUUCGGAAAUGCUCGGUGAUCUCCGUCCACGUGUCACCAGACCCAACUCGUUAAGUUCGGUGGACCUCGGAUAGAGCCCAGCACCCCCGGACAACACGUGGACCCGAACGGGACUUGUUAACUGGCGGAGCGGAGCUCCAGGCUAACGGCUAGCGGCUAACGACUAGCGGCUAACGGCUAACGGCGAGUGUCGGCCGCAGGCUAACGGUAAACUUCACGUUUCUAAUCGCAGUAUCACCAGAACCUAAACUAAAGUUAGGUCGGAAGGACAUGAGAAUAACUUCAGUAUGAACACCAGAGAAGAUCCAGGAAAUGGCUUCAGCCAGCAGUGCAGCAGCUGUGACGCCCGUCCUUCAGCUGUUGGUGUCUGGACUGCCAGGAAGCUCUGUGUGAGGACUGUGUUUCAGCCCAUCGAAGGGUCUCCGUCACCAGAUCCCACCGGCUGCUCAACCAGCCCCCUGCAGAAGGUAGCUCCAACCCUCCCACCAAAUUCUGCAGACUGCACCCAUCUGAGCCGCUCAAACUCUUCUGCUUCACCUGUAACCAGCUCACCUGUCGGGACUGUCAGCUCACGACCCACAUGAACCACAGGUACGAGUUUGUUAGUGAAGCACUGGACGGGCUGAAGAAGCAGCUGGAGGACCAGGUGGAUCCAAUCAGAGCCCGGAGAGACACCAUGAAGCGGACACUGCAGGACAUGGAGACCAGGGUGAAGGACAUUGUUCAGAACGAGUCUUGUCUAAAGGUCCAACUGCACCAGUCGUACGAUGCCUUUCUACAGCACCUGCAGAAAAGGAAGGAGAACCUCAUUGAGGAGAUUCAGAAGGUGCACCAGUCUGAGCUUGACUGGAUUCACAUGAGGAUGGCGCAGAUGAGGGAGCUGCACAAAAGUCUACAGGCAGUGACUGAUGCUGCAGACGACGCCAAAAGCACCAACGACCUCAUGAGCCUGCAAACCUACCGAGCGCAGAUUGAGUCUCAGCUGAAGAAUCUUCCAGGUCUGAACUUGCCUCUUCCUAAGCUCAUUCCUCAAAUGAAGGUCGUCACGGACAGUAACUCCCUGAUGACCGUUUUAAACUUUGGGAACCUUGAGAUAUCGUGGGUGCCCUUCUCUGUGUCCUCACCUCAGGACCCAGAUCCUCCAGACACCUGCUCCGUCCUUUCUCCCACCACCAUUACCGGCCUACAGUCCACACAUGGCCUUCAAACAGAGACCAGUAAUGACUCUGGUUUAGCUGCUCCAGUGCAAAGCACUGCAGCUUCCUCCUCUGGUCACCAGUGUCCUCCAACCUGCUCCUCCUUUGUGCCAAGCUCUACCUCCACCUCCGCUUCUACAGCCGGUUCUCCCUCUUCUGCCUCCAGACCUCCUUUACAAACUGUAAGCUGCAGCUCAGGUGCUCCAGCAAACCUUCCUCCACCAGGUCAGCUAUGGCUCCUACCACCUUCCUCUGUCCUCACAGGCUUUUCCUCGGCUGCUCCUCCAUCAUCUACCUGUGCCAAGCACCAAACCACAGGCCUGAAUGCCACCACUGAACAAUGCUGGGACACGCAUUUGUCUUCUCUUCAGAAGUAUGUGAACAAAAAGCCUCUUCCUCCUCGUAGCUUUGACUCCUCUAUGUCUUUGUUCACCGUAACACAACCUGACUCUAAAGCUGUCUGCCAGACUGGGACCAGCAACAGUGUUUUACUGUCCUCAGCUGCCCCCUCCUCCUCCUCAUUAUGCUCCACCUCAGGCUCCUUCUCCAUCUCCUCCCCUUUCAUCCCCGCCCAACCAAUUUCUACCCUGCAGCCUAAUCAGUCUUCAUCUCUGAACAGCCCUCAGUCUGUGCCCGUGGGUUCACACCAGCCACCUUCUCCCAGUCAGAACCAGCCUGCUGUCAUCCUGCUGUACAGAUCUACCCUGCUUCCGCCUCUACCUCAGCCUUCCAGACGGGGAUAUACAGUUACAGUACAGGCCGCUCCGGUAUUGAGCAGUGCUGUGACAGUUCCUUCAGUCACUGCAGAAAAUCAAAUCUUUGUUGGACCUAGUCCAAAGGCACAGUCAAACCAAACUGUGGUGGAGCUGUCCCCCCAGCCCGUCCCCUCUGGCCCAGCGUCGUCCCCCCAGCCUGUCCCCUCUGGCCGGGAACCGCACCCGCAGCCCAUCCCCUCUGGCCCGGAACCGCACCCCGUCCCCUCUGGCCCAGCGUCGUCCCCCCAGCCCGUCCCCUCUGGCCCAGCGUCGUCCCCGCAGCCCGUCCCCUCUGGCCCGGAACCGCACCCGCAGCCCAUCCCCUCUGGCCCGGAACCGCACCCCGUCCCCUCUGGCCCGGCGUCGUCCCCCCAGCCCGUCCCCUCUGACUUUACACCUGAUUCCUCGUCACUAGAACAUGAGGACCUGAGUCAUGUGGUGAAGGCAGUGGCAGACUCUGCCUGUGAUCACGGCAUGCAGCAGGUGGAGAUGAAGCGGCAGGAACCUGCUGAGAACGAACCCACCUCCACCAUGUGUGAAGAAACCGAACCCCUCCAGUCCAGAAGUGAAACGGCGGACAGCGAUUCUGAAGAUCCGAGUGGCCCUGGACAGCAGGACAGCAGGUUGAGCCAGUGGCAACCCAAGGUGUGUUUGUUCAGGCUGCCCCUGCCCCCACCGCCACCCGGCUGCCCCCUCCCCACUUAUCGCCUGGCCCGAGGAUUCGCCAAGGAUGGGAUUUACCUGGAAGAGAUGAGGGACAACUGUGAGUCCCACGCUAAUGAAUCGACUCCAGAGUCUCCUGUGACCCUGCAGCUAGUUUCCUGCUCAGCUUGUGGAUGUGCUGAUGGCUCAAUAAUCUGCUUUUCCUGUGGUCGGGGAUACCACAGAGACUGUCACCUUCCCCCCGUUGGACCUGACUUUUGGUCCGAGUGGAUCUGUUCGUUGUGUCAGGACCUGUCGGACUCCUCAGACCCCUACAGCUCUGUGAGACCACGACCAGCACGGAGUCCCUGUCUCAGUCUGCUGAACCAGAGGAGGUGUGAGAGUCUGCUACUCUACCUGAAGGUCAAAGGCUGCAGUCGACUUCCUCAGUCUCACCUGAAAAUGAUGGCGGAGCGUCUGAGCCGCCGUCGCGCUGCAUAUGUAACAGCUGCCGAGUUUCUGUCUGACAGCUGGACUUUAUUCAAGCAGGCGUCGUCCUCACCACUGCUGGAGGACGACCCGCUCAGCAGCCUGCAGAGGAGUUUCCACAGGAGGUUGGUGAAGACAUUCGGUGCAGAGCUUCAUCCUUCCCUGCUGACUCCACCCAACCCACGUUCAAACCCACAGCAUCCAAACAAAGACGCCAGAACCGAGUCCAAACUGAGGGAAACGAGGAAGAGACUGGGGCAGUUUCUGGUUCUGAUGGGAACCUCAGCUGCCAAGAGAACAAAAAAGGACACAAUGCAAAAUUGAGACAGAAAGCUGACUGUCAGAUUCCUGACCCGUCAAGUCAUCAGAGUACGGAGACGGGUCUGUUUGCAGUCGAGUGGACCAGGUUGAUGGCCAGGAGAUCUUCCAUAAACGGCACACACUCAGUCAGUCACUGUUGUUCCUCACUGGGCCUGGUGGUCUGGUUCUAGAAGCGAGUCUGCAAGUUCCCCGGAUUUCCACUGGUCCAAAUGUUGCAUGGGCAGUAGACUCAUCGCCAGCAAACACUUCUGAUGAGCUUAGUGAUCACUAGAGGAAUGGAUCCGUGUUCCUGGCCAGCAUCGGCGUCCCAGGGUUCAUCAGAAGCUUGCUUGUGUUUGCAAAAAGUGAACUGAGUAGAAUCAGGUGGACUGAGGAUCAGUUCGACUGUGCAACUGCACUUGGUUCGCAAUGUUGACCUGUUGAGACAUGCAGGGUCCUCAGAGAGUGAACUCUGGUGUCAGUUCUGUGAAGCAUCACAGCACUUUUUUAAUUGUUCUGCCGCUGGACUGGAGCUGAUGUGCACCUCUCCGGUUCGGGACACAAGCCAACGAGCCGUCGGUGUCUUUUCCAUUUUAACACGUACGCUUUUGUACGUGAAGUAUUUCUACAUGCUGCAUUUACACUUUUAUUAUACAAUGAAACAUAUUUUACAUGUGUGAAAGUUUACUUAAUAAAACAUGACGGAAGAGAAA